GGAUUUUCGCCCCUUAGUCAAAGUGAAUAGUCCGAAUGAACAUCUUCUCCCCCAAAAAUCAGAUUCCAUUAAUUGCUUCUGAAAGUAUCUUCAACUGUACCAAUUUGGUAAAAUUCUUGCAUAAAGUCUACAUGUUUUCUAAUCUUUUUCAGUUUCCUCAAUUCUUCACAAAAAUGUUGCUUCCCUUCCUCCUGCUGUCCAUUCUCUCUUUUCCUAACAGAUGUUCAGCAGACUCUUCUACAGAAACAGAAAGGACAUUGGCUAUAAUAAAGCCAGAUGGUGUUUCUGGAAACCAUACAAAUUCCGUAAAGGAGACAAUUCUCAAUCACGGAUUCAAAAUCACAGGCGAAUCGUUCAUUCAGUUUGAUGAGGAUCGUGUGAAAAGCUUUUAUGCUGAGCACUCUUCAAGGAGCUUCUUUCCAAGCCUUGUUGAAUACAUGACCAGUGGUCCAGUGUUGAUAAUGGUUCUGGAGAAAGGGAAUGCCGUAGCUGAUUGGCGUGCAUUAAUUGGUCCAACAGACCCACUCAAGGCGAAGGUUACUCAUCCUCACAGUGUCAGAGCCAUAUGUGGGCUGAAUUUACAGAACAAUUGUGUUCAUGGCUCUGACUCACCUCAGUCUGCUAGCCGGGAAAUAUCUUUCUUCUUUAAAACGACAUCAUCAGGACAUGCAUCUCAGCAUGAUGAAUUAUAAGUCAUUGAAGAACAAUCGAAUCGUGCCAUUCGGAUUCCUCUAUGAACAGAUUUUUGCAGCUAACCUAACUAGAGUUGUCCUCUGAGAUAUUGUAUCCUGCAGCUAAUGAAAGUCAGAUGAAGCUUAUAUUAUAUGAGUUUAGUUAUCAGCAUUUUCGAAAUGUAACACAGAUA